GACGGCUUUGCUGCAGCGUGGAUUUAACUGCAACCAAGCAUCUGUAGACGCUGCUAGUAGUCGCAUAAGUCAUCACUGCUGCCGGUGGCGCUGUGUACAAAUCAGCAUCCCUGAGGAGGCUGAGGAUGGUUGCCGUCAAAUGGUGCGAGGCGGAGGUCCGCACUUUCGAGUGGACCAACACGUUUAGUAACUUGAUAUUUGCAAUCACCGCCUACAUCGGCUGGCGGCUCGCGAAGGAACGAGGCCUGCCCUUCGAGUUCGUCGCUGCCGAGCUCCUAUUGAUCGUCGUGUUCGUCGGCAGCGUCCUCUUUCACGGCACGGCGGGCGCGUCGUGGCGCGCGGAGCUCCUAGACGAGCUCCCGAUGAUGCUGCUGGCACACGCGUACUUGUGGAGCGUCCGCGAUAUCCACCCCUGGACGAGGCCGCCACUCUGGGGACGAACGCUCUUCGUGGGCGCGGGCGUGCCGAUCGUCGGCGCCGUGACAUAUGUAUGGUGGCAGAACUAUGCGGUGUUCAUCAACACGCUGACGCUCGUGGCCGGUGUCAGUUCGAUGGCGUGGGGGCAAACGCACAAUAUUCUUCGCACACAGGUUCCAGUAUUUCCUGGCGGGUGGCAUCGCGUUCUCUGCGAGUAGAAAGAUCGGCGCGCCGCUGCGGACUUGGUUUUGGUUCAUAGGGACUUUUGCAUUUGGGAAAAUCAUCUGGGAGAUCGAGCAGUACCGGUACCGAGAAGGCACGUGUCCCACGAGCGCGCUCAACCCGGUCUACUGGUUCCACGCGGGCUGGCACGUCUUCGCCGCGGCCGCGCACCACGCCGCGAUGCGCUUCCACGGCGAGCUCUGGGUCGCGACGCGGGGAAAGGAAGUAUAGUAAGUUGUAUGUUGUUAGAUACGGUCGCGGCUAUACAU